AUGGAUACCCAAGACCCCUUUCACAAGGUGAAUUGGAAGCCUGCCACGCUAUCUGAUGCACCCAUUUCGUUUCAGAAGAUCAUUCUUGUGCUUAACCCCAAUUCGAAGCAGGAAGACUUUCUUGUGUACAAAGGACAGCUGAUCGACGCGGGCUACACGGUACUUGUAGUCAAAGACGCUACCGAGAUACCAUUGCAUCUGAGUUCUGGGACUAUUAUUGUUCAUCUCCCUAAGCUGGGAAGGGAAAAGAACAGCGUCUAUGAGAUUGCUACAGAAUCCUGCAACAGUCUGAUAGCAGCAGCACGAAUCCUUUCUAAACAUGACGGCUAUAAGGUGUUUACCGUCGUUCCUACCGCGAGUGGUGUUGGCCAACUUGGUCAUGCUCCCCUGUUUGGCUUGGCGCGGGCUUUGAACAUGGAAAUGCCAAACACUUUCGGUGGACUGUUCGAAGCAGAACCGGAGUCAUUUCCACUCGAUGCAAUCAAGUAUGCGCAGGGUUUUGAUGUGGUUCGAAUCUGUCAUGGCGUUCCCCACAUAGCUUGCCUGCAGCCUUGCCCGAAGCAGCCAGAUGACGCUGUAAUGCGUCUUCGGCUAAGACCAGAGAGCACCUAUCUUAUCAGUGGCGGUACACGAGGCAUGGGACUAAAGAUUGCAGGCUGGAUGGGCAAGCGUGGCGCCGGGAACAUCAUUCUGGUGGCGCGCCAUGGACUGGAGAAAGGUGCAAGCGAUGAUAGUAACAACACGCUCACAUCCCACAUGAAGGACCUGCAGAGUCGAGGUGUCACGGUACACGUCUUGAGUAUUGACCUCGCUCUACCUGAGGCAGAAAAGUCCCUUCGACAGGGAAUUGCUUGUCUUCACCUUCCGCCGAUUAAAGGCGUCGUCCAUGCCGCCGGAGUUGCCCAAUAUAACACGUUGGACCGAUGCGAACCUUCCGACCUCGAUUACACCAUGGCGCCCAAAGCGCGUGGUGCUCUGGCCUUGGACGCUCUCUUCUCACCAGGGGAUCUGGACUUUUUCCUGCUGACCUCCUCCGUAGGACAACUUGUCGGGUUCCCAGGUCAGCUUACAUACGCGCCAGCAAAUGCCUUUCUAGACGGAUUCGCAGUCUACCGACGGCAGCAGGGAGAUGCCUGUACCUCCAUCCAAUGGACCUCCUGGCGCGGAGUGGGACUGGUGGCGCAGAACAAAUCGACGACGCGAAUGAUUGAUCGCGGCAUGCAAGCCCGAGGUAUUGAGUACAUGGACCCAGAUGAGGCACUUGCUACAUUAGACCGGGUAGCUCAGCUCGCGACCGAUCACGUCGCCGUGGUCCGUGCUGUGACACUUGAAGCAGACGAGCCAGUGCGACAUCCCAUACUCCAAGACAUCACACCUCGCAAACCUGUGCGGCAAGCCCAGUGGGACUAUCCAGCCCACGCGGUGGCAGUCGUUGGACUGGCAUGCCGCACGGCUGCAGGCGAUACGGCAGAUGACUUAUGGGAUGUGAUUCGGACUGGACAGAUGACAGUGCGGGAGAUUGAUGCAAGACGCUUCCCUGAAGCCGCCGCAAGGAAAGACCCCAAAUUGUGGGGAAACUUCCUCCCUGACCCCGAAUCCUUUGAUCAUGGCUUUUUUGGCAAGUCCAAACGCGAAUCAGCCGCACUUGACCCUCACCAGCGGCUUCUACUUGAGACGACUUAUCAUGCUUUAGAGUCGGCUGGAUGGCUGGCACAGGAACAAAUACCCGAAAAACAUAAUGAACCGGGUUUCGGAAAUACUACAGGCUGCUUUAUUGGUAUGAAUGCCCCAGAUUACCCUCUGAAUCUAGGAAGUCACCCCCCCAGCCCCUAUACAGGAGUUGGGAUGAUGCGAUCCUUUGUCGCGGGUCGCUUGAGUCAUCACUUCGGGUGGACUGGUCCUUCCCAUGUCAUUGAUACAGCCUGUUCUUCAGCCAUGGUGGCCAUCCACCAGGCCUGUCGUGCUCUUCAAGCAGGGGACUGUACCAGGGCAGUGGCGGGGGGUGUCAAUUUGAUCACCAAUUCGGUCUUUUUUGACGCAUUGCGGAGCGGAGGCUUUCUCAGCGAGACCGGUGCGUGUAAAACCUUUGACGCUCGGGCAGAUGGGUACUGCCGAGGUGAGGCCGUUGGGGUCCUGGUCCUUAAGCCUCUAUCCCAGGCACUGCAGGAUGGAGACGAGAUUCGGGGAAUUCUUCUAGGGACAGGAGAGAAUCAGAAUAUCAACAACACCAGCAUUACCAAUCCAGUAUUGGACAGUCAGAAAGCACUCUAUCGUAAAAUUUUGGCCCAAGGGGGCAUCUCAUCCCGCCAAGUAUCCUACGUCGAAGCCCAUGGCACAGGGACGCGCGCCGGUGAUCCCAUUGAAGUUGAAGGAAUCAGGCAGGUGCUAGGGGGGCCUAAUAGAGACUCUCUAUUACAUAUCGGUGGAAUAAAAGCUAACAUUGGACACUCAGAGGGUGCCUCAGGGGUAAUCUCUCUGAUUAAAGUGUUGCUGAUGAUGAAGCAUCGCCAGAUUCCACCACAGGCGAACUUUGAGCGACUCAACCCAAACAUUACUGCCCUUGAGCCGGAUUGUAUGGCCAUUCCUACAUCUAUCCUUGGGUGGCACAGCUCUAUUGGCCCCCUAGUGGCUCUGGUAAAUAGCUACGGUGCGUCUGGGAGCAAUGCCGCGGCCCUGGUGGCCUCGCCUCCGCCGCCAGAACAACUUGCACAGUCUUUGCCUCCCUUAACGCAACCUAACUUUCGUCCGGAGCUGGGCGCUCAUCUCGGUUUCGCACUCGGCAGCAAGCAGAAUCGGCAGCUUGGCCAGGCUUUCGUCACUACUGUCACAUCUGUGGAGGAACUGGACUCCCGGCUGUCCAGUCCUGACAGAUACACCGUGGAGCGCGAAACCUCACGCCAGCCCAUUGUUCUUCUUUUCAGUGGACAGAAUGGCAGUACCGUUCCUGCUGCUCAGCCACUCUAUGACACGUCAAUAAUAUUCAGGGACUUUCUACACCGCUGUGAUGAAGUGGUACAGUCCCUGCACGGCCCUAAUUUGUUUCCAUCUAUACUAGGCGGCAUCGACGGAAGCACCGACAUUGUUCUCCGCCAUACUGCCAUGUUUGCCAUUCAAUACUCAUCUGGUAUGACAUGGCUCGAAUGUGGGCUGAAGCCAGAUGCAGUUUGUGGGCAUUCAUUCGGGGAAUGGGCUGCGAUGACUGUCUCGGGUGCAAUGACGCUCGAGGCAGGAUUAAAGCUCGUUAUUGGUAUCCAAGCUGCGCUAGCACUAAAUGAAAAGGCAGGACGCGCAUCCAUCAUCAAGAAACAUUGGGGUCCUGAUCCCGGAGCGAUGAUUGCCAUCGAGACGGAUCUUGUGGGGACACAGACAACAGCCAGCCAACACCUAGAGCCUUUCCGUCGUAAACAUUCAGAUUUUACCUUCGAUAUUGCCUGCUACAAUGGUCCCAAUAACUACGUUGUGGCUGGGCGGACGUCGGCCAUGGAGGCCUUGGAGAAUGACUUGACUCAGGAGAAGCGUCGCGGCGUCAAGCUCAGAUUCAAGAUGUUGCGUGGCAUGCAUGCCUAUCAUUCCGUUAUGGCAGACUCGAUCAUCGAUGAAUGUGCCAGACUGUCAGAUACAAUACCAUUUCAGACACCAGCCCUUCCCUUUGAAACAUGCCACAAGGAUCCGUGGACAGGCCCAGGGACAAAUUUCAUUGCUCGCAAUACUCGGGGACCAGUAUUCUUUGCCGAAGCAAUUUACCGCAUUGUCAGCCGACUAGAAGGGGGUCCAUGUAUCUUCCUCGAAGCUGGCAUUGGGGGCCCCGUCGUUUCUAUGGCCCGGAACGCGCUUUCGUCUUCCCUUACUUCCUCGAAGCAUCAAUCGCCGCAUACAUUCGUACCAAUCGAUGGAAAAGACCCACAUGCUCAGCAGCACUCUGGGACAUGUCCUCACUGCGGGAAGGAAACGGACGAAUAUCCUUACAUCACACUGGAGGGGUCGCCGCCCGGUUCGAACGAUGAAAUAAUCUUCCGUAUUGAUCCACGCAGCCCCCGGUAUCAGAAGCUGGUGAAGGGCCAUGUUGUUGUCGGAUCUCCUAUCAGUCCCGCCGCUAUGUAUUUGGAGUUGGUAACUCAUGCUGUAGUCCAAGUCGAGUGGAACGGGCACGCAGCGCCGCUCGCCAACCAGACUGGUGAUGUUUGGGUCCAGGACUUAAAGAUAAUGGCGCCGCUGGGCCUGGAUCCGCAGGGUCCUGUCUUGUUGACGUUGAAUAAGAAGAAAAACGGAUAUUUCAAGUUCCAGCUCUCCUCCACCAAAAAUUUUGGCAAGACAAAUUUACCGUCAAAGUCGAUAUACCAUGCAACCGGCAUUGUAUCCCUACAGGCGCAGAAUAUAGGCGUGCCGUCACGGUUCUCGGGCGCGUGGGCCCGUCUGACACGUCUUCUCGAAGAAGAACCGGAGAUGGACGAGUUGCGUGGUCCCAUGGUAUAUAAGGUCUUUUCCAGAAUGGUGAAAUACUCCGCUAUAUACCGAGGCCUACGAUUGAUUGUGGGCAAGGGCGAAGAAGCAGCCGGGGUUAUUUCUAUGCCUCCCACAAGCCUGGAGCAGGCUAAUGAGCGAGAACGAUCUUUUAACAACAGUAUUGCUGACCCACUGAUUCUGGAUAACUUCAUGCAGGUUCCCGGAGCCUUUGUGCACUCUCUGCGUGUUGCAGACACUCCAGAUGAUGAAGACAGUGACAUGUCAUUUAUCUGCACGGGAAUGGGAUCAGUUGGUCCUUUGACAAAGCUGCCGUGCAGCGAGUCCUACAGGGUGUAUGCGAAGAUCUUGCGAGAGGAUCAGAAAGAGACCAGGCUAGAUCUCCUUGCCUUCGAUGCCGAUAGCGCUACGAUGGUUUGGACCGCGCAGGGCCUCAGGUUCUCGAGGGUUCCCCGCCCUUCGCUGGCUAAGGCAUUGGCAGCCUCAAUGCCAUCGGUGCACGAUUCCAGGGAGGAGCUGCAGAGAAAGCCUGCGGCUGAGAAGAUGACCUCCGAACCUACGGACAAGAAUUCCCCUCCUCUUCCGCCAACUAUACCUCAAGUCCGUAGUUUUAUUUUGGAUGGGAUCCAAACAGUCCUCAGUAUGUGUCUAGAUGUACCCUGUCAGGAUGUGAGCAGACCUGCCACGCUGAGAGCGCUAGGAACCGACUCACUUGUUAGCGCGGAAAUUUUGUCCAGUAUCCGGGACCUAUUUGACAUUGACAUAUCUGCAAACGAGUUCACAUCGCUGAAUACAGUCGGAGAUCUCUGCGAUCUUGUCAGAACGCGGCUGGGGCGCGCUGAUCCUGAUGAUCACGAUGUCGCCAUGCAGACAUCCGACCCAAGGCGGGAGACUACCCCUGAGGUCAAUAAUGAGUGGCAAGAAGCGGUCUUUGCAAUUCUUAGUCAUUCCCUGGAGGUUCCUGUAUCCGAAAUUAGACGGGACUCAAUUCUUGAGGACCUUGGCGUCGAUUCACUCAUCACCCCUGAAAUUAUUAACAACAUCAAGGAAUCCUUGAAUGUUGAGCUCUCUUCAACCGAGUUCUCGGGGUUGGUAGAUGUGGAUUCCCUGUUGGAUCUGCUCGCGGAUGCUUUAGGGCUGGAGGAUGCCAAGCCGACCCCAACCACAGGUUCAUCAGGCAUCUCGGAUGCAUUGGCUCCAUCGGACCCAGUUAUGCCAACCGUCUUUCAGGAGAUCCGCCGCAAUUAUGACGACCGUGCUAAAGCCUUCCAGUUGUCAGGCUACUGGGAGAAUGUGUAUCCUGUGCAGUUGCAAGUCGUGUCUGCAUUUAUCUUGGAAGCGUUCAAGAACUUGGGGUGUCCAAUCCGCGAGCUCCAGCCCGGGGAGACGUUGCCACUUCUGCAAGGAAUACUACCCAAGUAUCAUCGUCUCGUCCGCCGACUGCAUGACAUUCUUGUGGAAGCCAGCAUCAUCAGGAAUAAACCGGAAGCCGACCACGAAGUCUUCAUCUGCGGACCCGCAUCCCCUCCAGUCAAGCCUGCAGCCCAGCUGAGCCAGGAGUUAAUGGAGGAAUUUCCUGUCUUUGCAUCCACCCACGGGCUACCUGAUCUUCUCGGACCGCACCUCGCCGAGUACCUCAUCGGCCACGCCGAUCCAGUGCCUCUUCUCUUUGGCAGUGAGCGUGGGCGACACUUGCUCGAAGAAUUUCACGCCAAUGCACCCGAUAUUCGCGCCGCCACUCAGGUCCUCUGUGACUUUGUCUCGGCUGCCAUCAGUGCUCAUGCGGAAGCUGCAAACAACGCAGAGCCAUUCCACAUUCUCGAAGUUGGCGCUGGCACGGGAGGCACAACCAAACAUCUCAUUCCGCUCCUCCGGGCCACUGGCAUUCCCUUUACCUACACCUUUACCGAUCUCUCUGUGUCUCUUCUCGCGCGCGCAAAACGGACAAAUUUUGCUGGCGUCGCUUGCAUGGAAUUCCGCCAAUUUGAUCUCGAGGCAGUCCCGGAGCCAGAGCUCCACGGGCACUACCACCUGCUCAUCUCCGCUAACUGCGUUCAUGCAACCCGAGACCUCCGCCAAAGCCUGCAGCAUAUACGCCGGGUCCUGCGUCCAGAUGAUGGAUGCGUAGCGUUGCUCGAACUGACAGAGAAAUUGCCGUGGUACGACCUGGUCUGGGGGCUCCUGGAUGGGUGGUGGCUUUUCGACGACGGCCGGGACUACCCACUGCAGAGUCCACAUGCCUGGGAGCGUGUGAUGCAUGAAGCCGGCUUUCCGCACGUUGACUGGUCCCAAAGCGUCAGCCAAGAAAAGCGCGGUGUACAGGUGGUGUGCGGCUUCACUACUCCUGCUUCCCCAAAGCCAUGGCAGGAACUGCAGCAAAACCUCAAAGCGCCCUCAACUCUAUUGCAUCGGGGGUCUGUCGCUAUGACUGGGCAGCGCAAUCUAUUCCUAAUGCCCGACGGCUUCGGAUCGGGGGCCGUUUUUACGGCGCUAGCACCGUACUUGGCGCGCGUACCGGAUACUUCGGCCUACGCACUUAGUAGCCCAUUCCUGUCAUUGGUGGCGACGAAUCGCGUUAAUAUCGAUCAGCUACCCUCCAUUGAGGUGUUGUCAAGUAUUUAUAUGGAAGAGAUCAAAAAGCGACAGCCGACGGGACCGUAUCUCAUUGGGGGUUACUCGCUGGGCGGGGUGGUGGCAUUCGAGGCAGCGCGCCAACUGGUGGAAGCGGGUGAAAUCGUGGAGCGGCUGAUGUUGAUCGACUCGGCGAGCCCAAGCAAGGUGCACUCAUUCCCUGAUGAACUAGUGCAGUUCCUGGAUACGAUUGACGCGACCAAUAACCACAAUAAUAGUGCCCAGGGAACCGUGGGCAGCAGCGCCCACUUCACUUUAUCUCGGGAACAGCUGCGGCAAUACCGUGUGCGUCCGCUGCGGGGGUUGCAAGAGGGUAUCAUCCGAGACGUGGUUCUCUUUUCAGCGCGCGAGGGGGUCGACAAGCAAGAGACCGUGCCUCGACCGAAGGUGGAAAGCGACGAACAGAGCGCCGUGGAAUGGUUUUUGGAUGAUCGGGUCGACGACGGGGCACUGGGGUGGGAGGAUUUACUGGAUAAUGUGCGAGUGAUCCGCGUUGAGGGGAAUCACUUUUCAUUAAUGGAUGCGUCGAAUGUGAGCUCAUGGGGUCCGAAAUUGGCAGAUGUUCUGGUCGGUUAG